AUGUUCGAUAUCGUAACUCCACCUCGAUUUCACUUUGUUGCUCUACCUGUUCCUGUUCCUGUUCCUGUUGCCGUUCCUGUUGCUGUCCCUGUUGCUGUUCCCGUUGCUGUCCCUGUUCCUGUACCUGUUCCUGUUCCCGUACCUGUUCCUGUACCUGUUCCUGUACCUGUUCCAACUAAUGUUGCUGUCUCCAACGUUGCUGCGCCUGCGACAUUUACAUUGUUUCCUCACUCUGCUCGCCCUUGUCACCCUGCGCCUACCAGUUUCGGAAGUGUUACAAAAGACUCGACUGCAUUGAUCCACGUAUGUUCUACAGUUGCACUUCUCACUAUCCGGACGCGAGCUGCUGUUGAGAAAUAUCACCGCCGGUACUCAUGGGAAUCACACCACAGUGCGUUUCUUCCGGAGAUCGCCCACACACUAACAACUCGAAACUGGCUCUCUUAA